AAAACGUUUCUAGCAGCGCUCGUGCACUGGCAUCGAUCGCCAUUAGGGCAAUGGCCCCUUCCUCGAGGAAGAGAAUCAAGCCUGCUUCUUCUACUCUCCAGAGAUGGAGAGACCAUAGCAGCAUCCCGGGCUUGGUAUCAGUAUGGACCUGGGUUCAGAUCCCAUCUUAGACACUUCUUAGCUGUGUGUCCCUGUCCAAAUCUCUGGUCCAUCAUCUACACCAAUGGCACCUGCCUCCUGGAGUUGUAAGGAUCAAAUAGGAAUCAGCAAAGAAAAACAAGUGGAGAAACUGAGACCAAGAGAAAAAGGAGAAGAGGCAGAGACUGCAAGACAGUGAGAGGGAGACACAGAAAAAGGAAGGAGCAGAGUGGAGAGAAAGAAGCCCUAUCGAGGGGCGGAGCUCAGAAUCCAGAGUCUGAAGGAGAGACCCAGAGGAAGAAGAGGAAAGCAACAGCCACAGGUGAGAGCACAGUUCCAAGGCAGCCCUGGGGUCUUGGGCUCUGAAGACCAGAUUCCUUCCUGUGAUGUGGAAGCCUCCAUCUCUCUUGAUUCUCUUGCUGUCCUAUUCAGUCCUGAGGAGCGCACAAGGGGCUGGGGAGGACGGGACUUCUCCACAGGCCAGCUCUCCGGGAAGUACAGCCCUCGAGGAGCUCCAGCGUCGGUGGGCCCAGUACCGGGAUCAGUGCCUGGAGGAUCUAGCUGCUGUCGAACCCAUAGCAGGACCUACCUGCAAUGGAACCUUCGACGAGUAUGCCUGCUGGCCCCACUCAGCCCCUAACACCACGGCCAGUGUCCCCUGCCCCUGGUACCUGCCCUGGCACCAGGAAGUGACCAAGGGCUCUGUGCUGCGUCUCUGUGGGGCUGAUGGGCAGUGGGGACGCUGGAGGAGCCAUUCCCAAUGUGAGGCACCAGAGGGAGAGCGGGUCUUCCAGGGCCAAAGGCUCAUCCUGGAGAGGCUGCAGCUGGUGUAUACGGUGGGGUACUCGCUCUCCCUGGUGGCCCUGCUGCUGGCUCUGCUGCUUCUUAGCUCCUUCAGGAAGCUUCGAUGCACCCGAAACUACAUCCACGUGAAUCUGUUCGUCUCCUUUGUCUUUCGGGCAGCCGCCAUCCUUACUCGGGACAAACUACUGCCCACCUUGGGCCUUCGCACUGGACACCCAGCUCAGACUCUUGCCACUUGCCGAGUGGCCCAGAUUGUGACUCAGUAUUGUGUCAGUGCUAACCACAUGUGGCUGUUGGUGGAAGGCGUGUACCUGUACAGCUUGCUGGUGCUCACGGCCUUUUCAGAGGAGAGACACUUCAGAUGCUACUUGUUUCUUGGCUGGGGGGUCCCUGCGCUCUUCGUCAUCCCGUGGGUCAUCUCUCGCCACCUCUACGAGAACACGCAGUGCUGGGAACGGAAUGAGAUCAAGGCUAUCUGGUGGAUUAUCCGCACACCCAUCCUCGGUACCAUCUUGAUUAAUUUCCUUAUCUUCAUUCAAAUUCUGGGCAUCCUGUUGGCCAAGCUGAGGGCUCACCAGAUGCGUUGCCAGGACUACAGGCUCAGACUGGCCAGGUCCACACUGACCCUGGUUCCCCUCCUGGGCAUACAUGAGGUGGUGUUUGCACCUGUGACAGAGGAACAAGCAGAAGGCACCCUUCGCUACACCAAACUGUGCUUUGAGAUCUUCCUCAGCUCCUUCCAGGGCCUUUUUGUCAGCAUCCUAUUCUGUUUCAUCAACAAAGAGGUACAAGCAGAGAUCCAAAAACAAUGGCAACGAUGCCAGCUGGGCCAACGUCUAUUGAACGAACAACGCUUGUCCAGGAGCUGCCAGACUUCUGGACACAGGGCUGCCCCCUGCCUCUCCAUCUCCAGCAGGACCCUGGGUGGGGAGGGAGAGGAGGCCAGUCCAGCCUCUGAGAGCUCCUGCUAGGAAAGGCUCCAAACACUCUGUAGGUCCCAACAUAGAAUCAGAGUGUUGUGUUUUUUGCAAAAAUAUAAUAAUGGCAACAAUCAUUUCUCCAAUCCUGGUUUGGGGUUUGUAGAGUUCUUUCCUCAGCACAGCCUUAGGCUGGGAAUGAAGUUGUUUAUCCUUGAUUUCUAGAGGGGGAAAGUAAGGAUCCAAAAGGCUACACGGCUUCAUCAGAGGUACACAAGUAAAAUAACUAUGAACGGCUAAGGACAGGCAGGGGCCAGGGGUGUAUGGCAGAGUAGAAUUAUGAGAUCUGGGAGCUGCCAACAUCAUCCAAUCCAACCUGACCCUGAGCUAGGGCUAGGAGGCCCCUCUCUGGCAUCCAGUCUCCUGCAGGAAACUCGCUGCAAUCCUUUGUCCCCUCUCCCACUCUGGCAGUGUUAGAGCUCAUUAUUAGGAAGUUCUCUCUUUGCACACUGUUGUUAGAAGACCUGAAUUCAAGGAUUCGUUCUGCUACUGACCCUUUUAAAAAAACAAACCUCUUACCUUCUGUCUUAGUCUUAAUUCUAAGGCCGAAGAGUGGCAAGAGGAAGAAGUGACAUGCCCAAGGUCACACAGCCAGGAGCCACGGACUUCUUGUGUGACUUUAGAAGAGAUCUUUCCCAUUCUCUGGGCCUCAGUUCAUCCAUGUGUGAAAUGACAGGGUUUGGAUAUCAAGUCCAAACAGGAAUCCCUGCCCUCUGGGACCAAGCUGAACAAGGCCUUCAGACAGCAGAAGACAGAGAUUGUCAUAUGAUCACACAAUUUCAGAGCUGAAAAGGACCUCAAUGACCAAACACUCCAAUACUUCCUCAUAUAACAGAAUGGACAACUGGCUUGGAGACCUCCAAAGAGGGCCGAAUUCACUGCCUUCCAAGGCUGUCUACUCCAGUUGAGGAAAAUCAAGCCAACAUCUUCCUCUUUGUGACUCCCUCCAGCACCAACCACACACAGCAGGUUGGAUCCCUCUUCCAUUCCUAGGAUAGAUUCCAGGGCUUGAAGAGAGUCACCAUGUUCUUCCUGAACCUUCUCUUCUCCAGAGUAAAGAUCCUUGGAUCCUUCAACCCCUCCUUAUCUGGCAUGACCUGGAGCCCUUCCCCCUUCCCCCUAGAAACUCCCUGGCUCAUCAGUGCCCUUUGUAAAUUGUGGUGUCCACAACUGAAUGCCCCAGAUGCAGCCUGGCCAAUGAGAGAACAGCAGGAAGAGCAGCAUCUCCUGGUUCCUGGAAGUUCUGGCCCAGGAUCACAUUAGUUUUUUGGGUUGCUGCAUCAAUCACCCUGUAGAAUUACACUGAGCUUUCAGUCCUCUGAAAUUCUUCAUGUGAACUAUGGAACCUCCCCUCUCCUGCUCGCUGCUUGAGAAGUCAGUUUUUGACCCCCUGUCAAAGUCUUGAUUUUUAUCCCUUUUCAUCUUAGUCAUUUCAGUCCAGUUUUUGUAGACUCACAGAUUUAGAGCUGAAGAGACUUCAGGGACCCUCUGGUCCCAACUGACUCAUUUUACAGAUAAAGAAACUGAGGCCUAAGGGGAUCAAAUAACUUGCCCAUGGCCCACAUAGGUGGGAUUUGGAUGAAGGUCUUGACUCCAGAUCCAGAAUUCUUUGCAUUGUCAUGUUAGCCUAUCAAGAUCUUUUUUGGAUUACUGAUGCUCUCACCAACUCUUCCAGCUUUGGAGCAUCUGAAAGUCUCAUUAAGAUGCUACUUAUGCUUUUUAAAACAUACAUAUUUGGGGCGGUUGGGUGGCUCAGUGGAUUGAGAGUCAGACCUAAAGAUGGGAGGUCCAGGGUUCAAAUGUGACCUCAGACACUUCCCAGCUGUGUGACCCUGGGCAAGUCACUUGACCCCUACUGCCUAGCCCUUACCACUCUUCUGCCUUGGAACCAAUACACAGUAGUGAUUCUAAGAUGGAAGGUAAGAGUUAAAAAUAUAUAUAUAUUUACCUUACAAAUACUGAUUCUAAGACAAAAGAGCAACAAGGGCUAGGCAACUGGAGCUAAGUGACUUGCCCAGAGCUAGGAAGUGUUUGAGAUCACAUUUGAACUCGCACCCUCUGGUCUCUAGGCCCAGAUUUGUUCACUGAGUCACCUAGCUGUCCCUUACCUACACUCUUAUUAUAAAAGUCACUGACAAAAACAUUCAAUGGCACAAAUCCUGGGGGCACUUCAGAGGAGAUCUUUUUGUGAAUUAACCUUAAAUGUUCAAUGACUGCUUUCAGAGCCUGCCCAUUUAACUCUACGGAAGGCUCCCUCUAGCUGUGGCAUCGCCGGGCCCUCCUCUCUCCAUCUUUUCCACAAGAAUAUCAGGAGAAUCAGUUGAAUGCUUUGAUACAACUUUCCUAGGUAAACUUAUCUUCAGCAUUCCCCUGCUGUAUCAGCUUAGUAACAUUGUCAAAAAGGCAAAUAAAAUUAAUUUUGAAUGGCCUGUUCUCAAGAAAGCCACCUGGGCGGCCCUUUAAUAAUCCUCCGUUCUAGAAUCUCUACCAGGAGCAGGUCAAGGUCGCUGGCCUCUUGGUUUCCUUUUGGAAAAUCCAGAAAUUUGAUCUUCUUAGUCUGGUGGUUCCUCUUCCCACUCCUGGGUCUUCCUGAGUUCUCUGAUGGUGGUGCCACAGGCGUACCCAUGAAUGUAAUUCAUCUGGGUUAGCGCAGACUCACCAAGGGUGCCCAUUCUCCCAACUUGAGCAUCAAUCAAUCCCUUGGUGUUUAUACGCAUUUUGAACUCAUCUUGGUAUAGUGUGUGAGAUACUGAUCUAAACCUAAUUUUCCCCAUUUUUUCCAUCUUUCCCAGUAAUAUUUGUCAAAUAAUAAGUUCUUAUCCCCAAAGUUGGGAUCUUUGGGCUUAUCAUAGACUGUCUUACUGAGGUCACUUACCCCAAGUCUAUUCCACUGAUCCUCCUUCCAUCUCUUAACUAGUACCAUUUUGUUUUGAUGACCCCUGCUUUAUAGUAGUUUAAGAUCUGGCACUGCUAGGCCCUCAUCCUUCACAUUUUUUUUUCAUUGGUUCCCUUGAUAUUCUUGACCUUUUGUUCUUUUAGAUGAACUGUUAUCAUUUUUUUCUAAUUCUUUUUUUUUUUUAAACCCUUACCUUCUGACUUGGAAUUAAUACUGGGUAUUGGUUCCAAGGCAGAAGAGAGGUAAGGGCUAGGCAAUGGGGGUCAAGUGACUUGCCCAGGGCCACACAACUAGGACGUAUUUGAGGGCAGAUUUGAACCCAGGACCUCUUGUCUUUAGACCUGACUCUCAAUCCAUUGAGCCACCCAGCUGCCCCUAAUUCUUUCUAAUUCUUUAAGUUUUUUGGUAGUUUUAUAGGUGUGACAUUGAAUACUUAAUUUAGGAUUGUCAUUUUUAUUAAAGUAACUUGUCCUACCCAUAAGCAAUUAAUGUUUUCCCAAUUGUUUAGAACUAGUUUUAUUUGUGUGAAGUGUUUUGUAGUUGUGUUCAUUGAAUUCCUGUGUCUGUCUGGCAGACAGAUUCCUAAAUAUUUUCUAUUGUAGAGGGUAAUUUUACACAGUUUCUCUUCCUAACUCUCGCUGCCGAGUUUUGUUGGAAACAUAGGAAUAUUGAAGAUUUAUGUGGGUUUGUUUUGCAUCCUGCAACUUUGCUGGAAUUAUUUCCACUAGCUUUUUAGUUGAAUUUCUCAGAUUUUCUAUGUCACAUUACCUGCAAAGAGUGAUAGUUUACUUUCCUCGUUGCCUACUUUCAUUCCUUCAGUUUCUUUUUCUCCUAGAGCUAAAGCUAACAUUUUGAGUACAGUAUGAAAUAGUAGUGAUGAUAAUGGGCACCCUUACUUCACUCCUGAUCUUCUUGGGACAGCUUCUAACUUAUCCCCAUUGCAGAUGAUACUUGCUGAUGGUUCUAAAUAAAUACGACUUAUUAAGAAACA